CAGACAAUGGAGAAGAUUCUCUCUUAUCUAAAGAGCUAUAGUGAGUCAGACCUGAGCUUGAACUCAGCCUUCUUAGCUGUUGAGCCCAAACUUUCUUUUCUGAGUGUGGUCAAACCCUUGAACUCAGAGCUCAGUUGCCUCAGGCAGCCCUGUGAUUUAGACAAUGGAGGAUAUUCUCUGUUAUCUGAAGAGCUAUACUGAGCCAGGACUGAGCUUGGGCUCAUCCUUCUUAGCUGUUGACCUCAAACUCACUUUUUUGAGUGUGCUGGGGUUGCUCCUUCUGUAUGUGUGCUAUCUGGUGUUGUCACCACUCUUAUCAACACUUGAAAGAAGUCAACAUACCCAAAAGAGUCAAGGCAGAGCAAAGAGGAGAAGGAAAGGUGGGACAUCUCAAGGUCAGAGAGGCUGCUGGAGAGAAGCAGAGAAGAGGAGGCUAAUUUCUAUUCUCAAAAGCCCCCUGGGCCAACAUCAAGAUUCCAUCCGCUUUCGUCAGCUUUUGUGCCCAGACCCCCUCUGUGAGGUGUGUAACAGAUCGACGGCUGAGGUCAAUCGCCUGCUGGACCAGGUGUCCAUGGAGGAGGCUGCUCCCUCUGUGUCCCUACUGGUUUCCACAACGUCUAUGACUGAGUCAUCCAUCUUUCUGCCUUCCACACUAUCAUCAAGCCCUCCAGCAGAUCUAACUACAGGCCCUCUGUCUGAGCCUUCUCCAGCUCCAGCCUCCAACCUGCCACCUAGUCUGACCACACCCUCCCCUGAUUCACUUUCACCCUCACCACUGAGUGACGCUGAACCACCAGAACCUGUGCCACCCUUAGAUUCCAAAUUCCCAGCAGAUCGUUUCCCAUCCUCAUCAUCUUCUUUCUCUAGAAUCACUCCACAUCACAUUCAGAGAGAAGAUGAUUCUGGUCUCCAGUCAGGAGUCACUUUUUCUCGGGUGGAUGGCCCUGCAGGGUUGUCCACUUCUGUCCCAGCAGUAAGAGAUCUUGAACAGUCAAGGGUCACAACUUCACAAGUGUCCUUACCUCCUGCCAAGGGCUCACUUUCCUCCAACUUGGCACAAAGUGAACUGGAGCAGGAGCUUCUUCCCUGCCAUUCUUCUGAGACUGCUUUUGAGAAAGCCACUACAGCCAACAUGGCAGAGUCAUGUAAUCUUUCCUUUCUGAGCCCUGAAGGGAGACAAAGUCAACAGAAAGGCAAUGCCCUGAUACAGAAAGGGAAGGAGAAGACAACAGGCUCUUUCUCAAAACGACUUAGCCCAGACUUCCAAGUAAGUCCUUCAGGGAAAAUGUCAGAGUCCAUUGCUGCUCAGCAGGACUCAGCAUCCUCCCCUCCUUUAACCAGCAAAGGCGAACCAGAGCAUCUGCCUGUGCCCGAGCGGUCCCCAUAUCUUAAGAAUGACGAGGAUCCCUUACAGAAAAAGUCUACCUCAUCUCUGCACAGGGAAUCCGAACACCCUACUGUCCCUGUCUCAGGUGACAGCUCCUCAACCUUUGCGCUCAACAGAAUCUCCAAGGCAUCCAUAGCCAAAGUAGCCCCAGUCAUUCCCUUUUACCAACCUCAGCCCAUGCCUGAGAUCCCACCUCACCCCAUGUCCCAAAGUCUGCCACAAUUUGAGUCCAAAUAUCUCACUCAGGCCCAAUCCCAGGAUCACUUUCAAUGUCCAGUCUCAUAUCUUCCCCCUUCCACUCUAUCCCAGAUUAGGAUCUGUGGGGUAUGUUUUCAUAGACCCUCAGAUGAGCCACAGUCUCUUUCACCAACUGAAAUUGACCACCUGGAAUGCAAUAUAUUGAAGAAAGAACAGGAGAAAUUGUGGGGUUUACCCUCGGUGGUCCAAAGUUCUCAGAAAGAAUUUUGUCCCCCACCUCCCAAACUUCCAUUGGUCAGCCACUUCUCUAAGUUCCAUGUUUCAAGCUCCAUUUUUCCCCUGAGCAGUGAGCUUCAGAAGAAACUUGAGCACCACCUUAGGAAGAGGCUCAUCCAACACCGGUGGGGCUUGGCCCGCAGGGGUCAUGAAUCUCUGUCACUGAUGAAUCCUCAGAGAGAUACUACUGAGACAUCUCAGUCAAAGAGCAGUUAUGGACUCUCCUGGAUCUCUUUGUUUAAGGGUCAGAGCAGCGAAGAGCUAGGUGCUUUGGGAUUGAGAUGCCCUGGAAGUUCCCUUUGGAGGAACUCAGAAAUGAUUCUUCUAGGAAAGGAUCAGGAACAGAGCUCAGAAGAUGGUACAAAUAAAACUCUUAGUGAAUCAGAGAAACUUUCCGAUAAUAAUAUAGUAUCCAACCCUGAGAAAGACCUAGGAUUUUCCAGGGUGAUUCUUUCAGAAAAUUAUUCAAGAGCCUCAGUAGUGAGCCAAAAUCAGAAAGAAAUUGCAAAAUCCCUGGAAGUACAUCUGAGCAAGAAAUUUGAGGAAAUCAGUGAGGGCCAUAUCCCGGACACUGUGCAUAGUUCACGGCAUUCCAUCAAGCAUGCAUUGCCUCUUCUUGCACACUCCCACAGCCAAAUGACCCACAGAGAUUUAACACCAUCUCUGAGUGGGGACCAAAGUCUGAAUACCUCUGAACAUAUUUCCUUUAUUCCUACCAGCAAUCAAGAUCUGUUGGAAGCUCAUAUUAAACGAUUUCGUAAGAACAUGAUAUAUGGCUUUCCCACAAAGGUCAUUGAAUCCUUUCAGAUUUUUAACGAAAAGGAGGAACUUAAACACUCUCACUUCCAUUCCAACUUCUCCUCCUCAGAAAAGCUUAUUUCUGUGGUCAAUUCCAAUGCUGACAUCUUCAAGCACCAUAGAGAAAGUACUAAUGCUCCUUAUAGAGACAAGGUAGGAAGAGCAAAUGCUGUCCCCAUCCUAGAUGAUGCUCUUCGCUCCACCUCAACUGUAGGAAAGGAAAGACAGGGGACCCUGCCAAAACCAGCCUCUGAGAGCAGCCAAAAGCUUAGAGAGAACAUUCAGGGUGCUCAGGAGGGCAGACGGGCUUUUCCACCUGGCACCCACCACGUCACGGAUAAAGACAGAGAGUGA